UAAGUUAAGCGUUUGAGGUUAUGUUGACAAGUUAUGUUGAUAGUGUAAAUUAAGUAAAUAGCUAAAUAAGCGGUUUUAAGUUAUCAAUGAGUGUGUAUUGUGAUAAUUGUGUACUUGUGAAUGAGUUUUAAUUAUGGUUUCAGUGACAAAACAACGAAUGAUAGUUUCAUUUGUUUUUAUGUCAUUUUCUCAGAGAUAAAAUAAAAACACAUCAAAACAAAAUAAAUUGUUGUUUUUAAUGAAUUAUUAAGUGCAUUUGUGAAAUGGCAAACCGAGUAUCUAGUACUUGCUGUACUGCAUCCGUGGAACGAGCCGGAUUACCUGGUUUACUUCGCGAUUUACAAAGAUUAUCAGAAGAUCAAGAUUCCGCAGACAUUGUAUUCAUUUUAGGAACCGCGGAGGAAAAAGUCUUCGCACACAAAAUAAUUCUCAUAGCAAGAUGCAGAAGUUUUCAGAACACAAAGCGCGGCGAGGUGUGUCGCAUCCCGGGUUGCACGGUGACGCCAUCUGUUGGCGCGCAGCCAACACCGAUACGCAUGCCGCACGUUCAACCAGAAACAUUUAGACUUUUUAUCCAAUAUGUUUAUACUGGAAAGCUUCUUUUACAAGACUCGGGUGUAUUUGAAAUGAUGACAUUAGCUGCGGAUCUUGGCGUAGAAGAUUUGCGGGCAGCUUGCGAAGAUCACGUUACAUCCACACUGAGCGUGGAGAGCGCAUGUACUUUACUAGCUGCUGCUAUGGAAAUACAAGACAGACCGGGUGGCAAAAGUGCAUCAUCCUUCAUGGAGCGCUGCAUCACUUUCAUUGGUGACAACGCAGCGGAGUGUGUGAAGUCUAAUGCCUUUCUAAAUCUGCCCAAAGAAGCCCUCAUAAAGCUUAUAUCUUCUGAUUUUCUAUGUCUGGAAGAAGAGGAAGUAUGGCGUUGCGCGCUCGCGUGGGCGAAGCAGCGCGCGGGCGUGACGCAGCCCACCGCGCACUGGACGGAGGAGGAGCGUGCCCGGGUCUGCCACCACUUGGCGCCGCUCAUGCAUCAUAUACGAUUGUUGCUCAUUGACAGUGCAGUAUUCGCGGAGGAGGUGGAGCCAACAGGCGCAGUGCCGAUGGAGCUGUCGCUAGAGCGCUACCGCCGAGCCGCGCUGCACAAGGCGCGACCAGAUCCUGAUAAACGCACGCAGCCUAGAUUAGCAGUUAAUAUGUUUGCUGGUUCUGUGAUAUUACAACAAGAUAAAAGUGCGUUCCAGUCAGUCAUCAAUAGCUGGUGCGGAACUCCAAAACAAUCAUGGCGGCUUGUAUUUCGCGCGUCGACGCACGGCUUCUCUGCGCAGGCGUUCCAUUCGCACUGUGACGGAAUAUCACCUGUAUUGUUACUUGUACAGUUAUCCCGCGGCGAAAUAAUAGGCGGUUGGUGUGAAUCCGGCUGGUCAGCGGGCGGGAGUGGUGGUGCGGGGGGAUACGUAUCCGCCGAGCGUGGGUUGUUGUUCGCGCUUACAGAACCGCCCGCAUUGUAUACGCUUAGCAAAAAGGCCUUUGCGUUGUGUUAUCAUCCUGACUGCGGUCCAAUAUUCGGCGCGGGCGCAGAUCUGCUGAUCUCCAACAACUGCAACAGCAACACUGAUAGCUACAGCAACCUGCACUCAUAUGGAGACUCCCUAUCCCCCGCCUCGCUUGCUCCAGACUAUAGUUUCACUGUACGCGACUAUGAAAUAUUCACGAUUAAACAUAAUUAAUUUGUUUUUUUUAUUUACAAACUCAGAUCUGUAUCUGUGGUAUUGCGGCUUCCAGCAGCUAUUGUUUUGCUUAAUGUUUUUUUUUUCUUAUUGUAGAACUAUGUAUAAAAAAAAAUCAGUAUGUGAA